UCAUAGAGGGGCCAUAGAUUAUGAGGGUCUCUUAUGUGGAUCUGCUAUAUUUCCCACCUGUCCGCUGUAUUGUGCUGAAUUGUUACAGAUGAAAAAUCAGGGGGAAGAUCUGAUUAUUAUUAAAGUGGAGGAUGAAGAAGAGAGGAUGAUGGGCGAUUUCCCUUGUAAGAGUGAGGUGGAGGAGGACAUUCCAGGAGAUGUCACCCCAGAGAAUUCCAGUAAAAAUGGAAAGGGCAGUACUAUAUUAUCACUAAAUUAUAAAGAAGAAGAUGAAGAUGUCCUCCAGCGCUCUUCCGGAGAAAACCUCAUUACCCUUAAUGUACACCCAGAACUUCACAGUACAGAUCUAUUAUAUAAUCCUCUUCAUCAUGAGGAGCCUUCCCCUGACCAAUUACAGAUUGUUACCAUAAAUACAGGUCAGAAAGGGGAUAAAAGGUUUCAGGGUGGUAAAGAGUUAACAGAACAAUCAAGACUUUCUACACACAGAAGAAUUCAGAAAGCAGAGCAGCCAUACUCCUGUUUAGAAUAUGGGAAAUUCUUUAAAAGUAAAUCAGAUUUAGUUAAACAUAAGAAAAUUCACACAGAAGAGAAGCCAUAUUCAUGUUUGGAAUGUGGGAAAUGUUUUACAUAUAAAUCACAUCUUGUUACACAUGAGAAAAUUCACACAGAAGAGAAGCCAUAUUCAUGUUCAAAAUGCGGGAAAUGUUUUACAUAUAAAUCAGAUCUUGUUAAACAUGAGAGAAUUCACACAGGAGAGAAGCCAUAUUCAUGUUCAGAAUGUGGGAAAUGUUUUACAAGCAAAUCAGAUCUUGUUAAACAUGAGAGAAUUCACACAGAAGAGAAACCAUAUUCAUGUUCAGAAUGUGGGAAAAGUUUUACGGAUAAAUCCAGUCUUGUUAGACAUAAGAGAAUUCACACAGGAGAGAAGCCAUAUUCAUGUUCAAUAUGUGGAAAAUGUUUUGCACAAAAAUCAAAUCUUAUGAAACAUGACAAAACUCACACAGGAGAGAAACCAUAUUCAUGUUUAGAAUGUGGGAAAUGUUUUAGAAUGAGAUCAUAUCUUGUUAUACAUGAGAGAAUUCACACAGGAGAAAAUCUGUAUUUAUGUUCAAAAUGUGGGAAAUGUUUUACAAAAAACUCACACCUUAUUAGACAUGAAAAAAUUCACACAGGAGAGAAGCGAUUUUGAUGUUUUAUAUGUUGAAAAUGCUUUGUAAUAAAGAACUAAAAUUCAACAAAUCAGGAAAAAAUAUAUUUUUAGCUAUGGGAAAUGCGAUAAGAGCAAAAAAUAAUUUUAAAUCCAUCCUAUUCACAGACGUUAAACUUCGGGCUACAUGGCAACAUGUAUCACAUUACUGCAAGUCUCAGAACAGUCUCACAACUUGUCUUCAAAUUGCUGUCAUGCAGCUAUUUUAGAGCUGAAAUUUGGCAGUAAAUAUCUGCCAAACUGCAGAAGUUGUAGUUGACUAUGACUUGUAUUGUGUUCUAUCAUAGGAAAGUCACAUAUGAUUUGCAAUCAAGAAUCCAAGUGUUGGAUUUUAUGUGACUGUCAUGACAUAUACCGUGUCAUGUUGUGAACCCAUUGACAGUCAUUAUAUGUAGUGUCACAAUGCAACAUAUCAUCUGAUGUCACCGUUUAUCUCCAGCUUAAAACCCAAUAAGAAUAUUUAUUUUUUGGGUGGAAUUAUCCUGGAUCAGCCGAACAACUACAAUAUAUUUCUCGGAAGAGAAGAAGAGCCUUGUUGUGUUGAGAGUAUAACCUAAGAACUGAGAUUGGAAGAGGACACUAGGUGGGAAAACGUUUAUUCAACUUUAUUGUUUACUUGUGAUGUCACAUCUGUUAUUC